GACUGUCCCAUUUAUGCAGUAGUCAGUGUAAAAGAAGCACGGAUAUUUCUUUUUUGUUUCUAUAAAUAUUUUUUGGUCUUUGAAUUAUCUCAGAUACAUUGUGGAUUUAGAACUAACUUUUUUUUUAUUUUGACAAUUCUGAUAUUUUAAGUAUUUCUUCAGGGCAUAAUUGUGCGACACAAACUAUGUAUUGACGUCUUUGCCUCGGUUUAAGCAUUAUAAUAGCACUCUGGUAAGGAAAUAUACUAAGGGAUAUUUGUGAAGGAAAAUAGAAAAAGAACAAAAUCGGCACAUUGAGGAUGACAAUGACUGUGCCACGAGGAGCACUGCUGGCUUUGUGUUUUUGUGUGUUGCUCUCUAACGUUCCACAAGCGGAGUCACAAUUCGAUACAUCAAUGAUAAUGGGCAUUCUGAAAAGCAUGUCUACAAGAGACAAAUUACUCUUCAUCGCUCAGUUUUUAAUGGACAACCCGGUUUAUUACGACGACCUUGAGAGGUCACUCGUAGCUGCUCUGCCUUUACUCGUCUACGACAAACCACCCGGUAAUUUUGUUGGUAAAGUGUUACCUUGGGCAUUGAAUCAUUUGCCGGAUGUGCUGGAAAACGACGUAUUCAGGGGAGUAAUGAAAAUAUUCAUUGAAGAGUUAAAUGCCCAUAAUGAGUCCAGUGACUGGUACCUCAGGUCUGGUGAACUGUCGGCAGAUUUAGACUUCUACAUUUCUCAUCUUCUAUCUGUACUAGACUAUUACGGAAUGGGCGUAGAUAUAUUGCAGAUGAAGAGCGCGGCGGACUAUUUUCCUUAUAACAGCACGGACAGACAGCUAAACGAACAGUGCUACGACGACACUAUGAUGUUUUUUGACCGUCUGUUUCAAGGAGAUACAUGGGCGUUUGACAGUAUGUAUUCAUCAAUUUAUCAAUUUACUCAUGCUUUUUACACAAUUGCCAAUACAUAUGGCGUUCCGUUGACGUUGUCAGUGGGGUUAUGUCUGCCAGAUUCCUGUCACCAUGACGAUAUAGAAGGUCUACUUAAUCUGGGUUUACUGGGAUCGCUCUUUAAUCUGACUGUGGAUCAAGCUAUUUGCACGGAGGAUCAACAUUUUAAGACAGACGACAAAGCUCAUGCAAUAAUAAUUAUCUUGGGUGCUUUAGUUCUUUUGGUUAUUGUAUCAUCUACAAUUGAACUCUUCUGUCUUCAACGCAGACAUAAACAGGGUAACAUACGAGAUUUAUUCUCCCCAUCUGACCUUAGUUUCAACGACAACAACGGUUACGUCGAUAUGCCAACUUCCGGUGAUCUGAAAAACGAAAAUGACGGAAACGAUUCUGAAAAUGUGACCGAAAAUAAUAAUAAAAUCAGCGUUAUUCAAACUGGAGACAUUAAAACGGAGAUGAAAGACCUGUCGAAUAUGAAAUUUACCAGACCAGGGAAACAGAAAAAGAAACCUGUCCUUGAUAUAUCAGUUGAUAGCGACCUGACCGAAAAUAUUAUAGACAAAAGUGAUAUCUCUGACGAACGUAUACUUUCAAAGUGGAUGCGAAGUUUUUCAAUCUUCACGAACAUUCCUGCUAUACUCAACCCCGAGACAAAAGAUGACGUCAUUCCGUGUAUAUACGGCCUACGGGUGCUGACAAUAUUGUGGAUCGUACUUGGCAAUACAUAUCUGUAUGUAGCUCAGUCACUGUCCGAGGUACCAGUAGCAGUUGAUAUGAUGGACUCGUUCGACCUUAUGCAGCGUUUCACCAUGCAGGCUGUCAUGGCGGCCCCGUUUGCUUCAGACACGUUCUUUGUGAUAAGUGGUUGUCUGAUCUCUUACUGGUUCCUGCACAGAUGUCAAUAUCAAGAUGGGAAAGUCAGUAUCAAAACAUGGCUGAAAUUCUAUCUAGGAAAAUAUUGGAAGAUGACGCCACCAUAUAUGCUGAUCAUGAUAACAUUUGUUUAUCUAUACAUGUACCUUGGCGACGGACCAAUAUGGCCGAAGGAAAUCGCCGUCGCCGACAGCUGUCGCACCGACUGGUGGAAACAUCUUCUUUACAUAAGUAAUCUGAUCGGUGUUGACGGGGUUGAGCCUCAAAAUCAGUGUAUGGCCUGGUCAUGGUAUAUCGCCGUCAACAUGCAGUUUUAUCUCAUCUCCCCUAUAAUACUCUCCUUUACAGUCUUUUCAUGGUCAAUGGGUCUGGCGAUCACUGGGAUAGUUGGUGUUGCCGGCAUUGUUGCCGCCGGCGUGAAGGAGUCACAGUAUCCAGGAGAAAUACUUACAAGCCGCAUGGACGGGGGAGAGUAUUGGAACAAUGUGUUUAUUAAACCUUGGUGUCGUGUCUCUACAUAUUGUGUUGGCAUAGCUCUAGGAUUCGUGUUGGAGAAUUGGUACCAUAAGAAGAUCAAUAAAAUAAUUGCAACUGUUGGUUGGUUCCUGGCUAUAAGUAUCGGUAUCCUGCUAGUAUACAUUCCGUACACUAAAUACGUUGAAGGGCUCGAACCCUGGACCUCUACCCAGAUGGCAGUGUAUGAAGCACUCGGUAGACCGGUUUGGGCAGUUUGUGUGGCCUGGGUCAUCUAUGCAUGUACAUCAGGCCGUGGAGGUCCUAUAUCGGACUUCCUCUCGUGGAGAGGUUUCGUACCUCUGUCCAGGUUGACAUACUUGGUUUACCUAAUACACCCCGUGCUCAUGGUACUUGACGUCUAUACACGACGAACACUGGUACAUCUGAACGACUUUGAGAUGGCAUAUCAAUUUAUCGGACACGUGGUUGUAAACUUUGGGGCUGCAUUUUUCGCCUCUCUAGCCUUCGACAUGCCUUUCCGCAACAUCAAACGGAUUUUGCACAAGAAACCUUUAGAUGAUCCGUUUUAAUAACAUGUAAUUACAAUAAUGAAAAGAAAAGACAAAGACAUUGGUACAAAUAUUGAAACGUCCACUCUUAACUUGUAAUAAUUACACACUUGAUGUAUUUUUGUAACUGAUAAGUGCAACCAUCUUUAAAAAAGUGUAACAAGCUUUAAGUGCGUACAACCAGUUUUAAGUACGUGCAACCAGUUUAAAGCACAUGUCGAGCUUUAAGUACAUAUAACCAGCUUUAAGUACGUAUAAUCAGCUUUAAGUACGAGCAACCAGCUUUAAGUACGUUUAACCUACUUUAAGUACGAGCAUAAAAAUCAUUAAGCACGUAUAAUCAACUUUAAGUUCAUGUAACCAGCUUUAAAAGCAAGUGAAUUUUGGUAGAAAAUAUAACUUCUAAAAAAAGAAAUAUAAAAUUAUGUUUCUAAAUUUGUUUUAAAAGCAUUUAUUAAUAGUUCUUUCAUUCAACAAGGUAAAUAUUGUUGUUAUGGGUGUGUGCUUUGUUUUUGUUUUGUUAACAUCCCGUACUAAAUCAACGAACACUAUGACGUUUCACUUCAAGUGAAAAAAAAACGCUUUCAUCUUUCAUUUCUAUCAAUGCAUUGUUCGUAUUAUUUUAAUAUGACACGGAAUUCAUAUGUUUAUUCUGGAUUUGAACACAUUUUCAUGUAAUAUUUUAGAGAAGUUUUGGAUCGUUUCAUGUAUACAAAUUGUACACUGUGAGAAUAUGUACUGUGAAAAUGUUAACAUUUGUACUGUACACUAAUCACUGUAGUGAAUAUAAUAUAUACUGCUUUAUUAUGUUAGUAAUGCGUUCUAGGUUGCUGCUAUUGUAUAACUGUUUGUAUAUAUACUGCAUGGUUGUAUUUAUAUGAUUUAGAAAUUAUAUAUUUCUAGAAUACUUGUACUUGCUCCUAAAUGUAGUAUUUUAUUUCAUUCAAAUCAAAUGUUAUGUAUUUAAUAUGAUAAUUAGCACAUAAACAGUCAUGAUAUUUGUUCCCAUUGCUCAAAUGUUCAAAGUUUAUAUACAAGUACAUUGUAUAUACAUCAUUGCGACUUGAAGUUAUAGUUAAUUGUAUGUUGUAUUCACCUAUUGUGUAUAUGAAUGUACACAUACAU